AUGUUAGACAUCUUCAUAACCCCACCCACCGACUAUGCCACCUACCCAGGUUCCCAGGUUACAAAUAUGACUGGGUGCUGGGAAGAUGAUUACUCCAUGUUCCGAGCAGUAGAGUCUCAGGCAGCAGGGGAGGGAGCUUCUGCCGCUGUCUCUUCUGCUGCUGACAAUGGGGACGAGCUUGAGACUUACGAGGACUUCGUUGAAGACUCUACAAUGAUAGCGAUAGCUUCCCGAAAGCAAAGAUGGGGAGAACGUUGA